CUUCCACAGCUUCAGAUGUUUCCACUGUAUGUAAUGACCAUGAAGGCUGUAGCACUCAUCCUUUCCCUGGUGUUCCUCACUGGCAGCACUGCCAAUGUGCAGCAGCUGAGGCGGCAGCAGCAGCAGCAGCAGCCGCCGCCGCCGCCGCCGCAGCACCAACAGCAGCAGCAGCAGGCCAGCAACACCCCGAACAAAUGGGAGGAGACCGUGCAAGAGUUCUGGCAGUACUUCGCAAAGCUGGGCGAGGGGGAUGUGCAGGCAAUGGAUUCGGACAUUAAACUUGACUCCUUGAUCACUGCUAGUAUGUCUGAGCUGACGAUGUACAUAGAUCGUAUCUCCAAUGGUCAACUUAGCUCCGACCGCAGAAUACAGAACCUAUUAAGCAGACUGAAGGGGGAUUUGCAGAGCGCCAAGGAGCACACCAUCCUUUCCCAGGGUCAGCAGAACAGCCAAGAAGCACAGAACAACAUCAGAGCAUUCAGUAUUGGGUUGAGGGUCCUCCUCGACAAGGACAUCAAUGACAUCCGCAACUUCAUAUCCAUCUACCUGAGUGAGCACCAGCAAUCCCAGGACCAGGACACAGUGGAUCCCUUUUCCCAGCAGAGCUCCCAGAGCCAAGCUGAGCUUCUGCACCAGCAGCAUUCGCAACAGCACCAACAACAGACAUUGAAUCUGGACCAGCAACAGCAGCAGCAGCAUAGGCCCCCCAUAGUGGAUCUGGGCCAGCAGCAGCAGCAGCAGCAGCAGCAGCAGCAGCAGCAGCAGCAGGAUAGGCCCCCCAUACUGGAUCUGGGCCAGAACCAACAGGGUACAGUGUUGGAGUCUACUGUUCAGUGAUUGCUUCGUUACAUCACUAAUUGCAAUCAUUUCUGCGCAUUUUGCAGACCAAAUAUGAUUACCUCAGCAAAAAUACUGGCUAACCGACUUAGUACUUUACGCUCGCACACUCUUUCUCUGUUUAUCUGUUGCUUAAUUGCCGUCUGGCUGCUAUAAAGCAAUAAAACAAUCUUAAGAAA